CGUGUAGUCGUAGCGACGAGACGCUGUUAUUUACGGUUUGACGUGGACCGUCACCACAGCAAUGGCGGAUGCUGUAGGGGAAGUGCUUGAAGGCAGCUGGACUCGUGAUCUGGCUGACACACUUGACUCAUCAGAAUGUGAUCUGGACAGUAACCAGGAUGGUGUUAUCCAGGUUCGAAACCUACCCCCACAACAGCGGGCCAAUUUAUGGAUGAUUGCUUUGAACGUGUCUGGUAAAGGAGAUAGUUUGUCCUCAUGGGAUGGGGUGUUGGACCUACCAGAACAGACGCUCAUUCACAGCCGCAGUCAGCAGAUCAUUGAUGAGCUAGGGUUACCAGCAGAGGAAGGGAGGGACCUGGUGUCAGAUGUGGAGUCGGUGAUCACCUUUUACUGCAAGUCCAGAAAUGUCACAUUUACUCCAGAUUUAAGUUGGCCACACAUCCUCAAACCACUCCUGGGCUUACAGCUGUCCCGCAAAGAUCUCUACAACUGCUUCUACGCCAUCAUGAAUAAAUACAUCCCACGAGACUGCGUUGUGAAGGGAAGACCAUUUCACCUCUUCAGACUCCUGCUGCAGUACCAUGAGCCUGAAUUCUGCUCAUUCCUGGACACAAAAAAGAUCACUCCUGAUUCCUACGCCAUCAGCUGGCUGGGCAGUCUCUUUUCUAGCAGCUGUCUCCCUGAAGUGUCACAGGCCUUAUGGGAUGUUUAUCUCCAACAGGCUGACCCUUUUCUCAUCUUCUUCCUCAUGCUCAUCAUCCUUGUCAAUGCCAAAGAUGGCAUCUUUAUCCAUGAAGGAGAAAGCAAAGAGGAAAUUAUCAGUAAACUGAAGCAUUCACCAGAAUCUCUAGAUGUGGAGGACCUUGAAGACUUGUUUUCUUUAGCACAGUAUUACAACAGCAAGACGCCUCUGUCACUUAGAAAGGAGAACCAUAAUCUGUUUGGCAGUAGUCUGGUGGCUCUGAAGGAAGAAGACAUGGACCUGAGUCAGGCUCUCUGUUUGCCUGUAUCAGUCCCUGAGAUCCUGCAAGCCAACCAGCUACAACCUGAGGGCGUCAGGUUUUUUGUGGUCGACUGCCGUCCUGCUGAGCAGUACAAUGCUGGUCACCUCUCCACUGCCUUUCACCUGGACUCUGACCUGAUGCUUCAUAAUCCCUCUGAGUUUGCCCUGUCAGUGAAGUCUCUUCUGGAGGCACAGAAGCAGUCUCUAGAAUCAGGCUCUGUGGCAAGCGGAGAGCAUCUGUGCUUCAUGGGCAGUGGACGUGAAGAAGAGGACAUGUACAUGAACAUGGUGCUUGCCCACUUUCUACAGAAAAAUAAAGAGUUUGUGAGCAUAGCAAAAGGUGGAUUUAUGGCAUUGCAGCAGCAUCUGGCAGAUAUUAAUGUUGAAGGGCCGGAUAAUGUUUAUGUUCACUGGAUUGUGAGCACCUCAGGAUCCCACAGCAGCCUCAGCUCAGCGGACGGGGAACUGAACGGCACAGAUGGAAAAGGAGUUAAAUCGCUUGUCAACAAAAUGACCUUUGCACUCAAGUCAAAGUCAGUUAAUGUAAAAGAGAAGGUGAUCAGCUUCAUUGAAAACACUUCCACGCCAGUGGAGAGAAUGUCUUUCAAUCUACCCUGGCCAGACAAGGGAAUACUGGAUCGGCACAUAAGCAGCAGUGAUCGAGUGGGGAAGCCAUACAGGGGUGUGAAGCCUGUCUUCAGCAUUGGUGAUGAGGAAGAGUAUGAUACAGAUGAGGUUGACAGCUCAUCAAUAUCAGAUGAUGACAGGAAAGAGAUUGUCAAUAUUCAGACUUGGAUCAACAAACCAGAUGUGAAGCACCAUAUUCCAUGCAAUGAAGUUAAGGAGACUGGACACAUGUUCCAAAGCCAUCUGCUGAUCACUGCAACACACAUGUACUGUUUGAGAGAGAUCGCUGCCCGAAAAGGUUUCGCUUACAUCCAAUCCAGGCAGGCCUUAAACUCUGUGGUGAAGAUCACCUCCAAGAAGAAGCAUCCAGAACUUAUCACUUUUAAGUUUGGCAACAACAAUGCUGCAGGAGUGGAGAUAGUGGCUGUGGAGAGGUAUUUAAUCCCAAAUGCUGGUGAUGCCACUAAAGUCAUCAAACAGCAAAUUAUGAAAGUUUUGGAUGCUAUGGAGAGCUCUUAAUGAAAGAGACAUCAGAGAUGCGGCACUCUGGUCAUCCAGGAGACCACCACAGCUCCAACCAAAACCCACUGAAGGGGAAGGAGGGAGUAGAGCAUUCCCAUACUGUUUUUCGUCAUCAUCCCCCCAGCUCCUCUCUGGGCAACUCUGACGUAGUUUUGUCAUGACUCUUUUGGGACGUUGCCAUCGUGAUUGACAGGAGUUCUAAAACUUUGGGCUUGGAGAUGUCAGUAUGAGAAAUGGUUAUUUUGUUAAUUUUGCUUUGUGAUUAUGAUUUCUGUUUUGAGAAACUGACCUAAUUAAGCAAGUUCGAUUUAUUAUCUCUGUCAAGCCUUACUGAGCUAUAACUUUUUAUGAGUCAAACAGCUCCUCCUGGAUGAGAAUAUGGUUUUGGAACCUCAGUCAAGGAACUUCAUUUCUCUUUAUCUGCUUCAGUGUUUGAAGUCACUAAUUCUUUAGCCAUUUAAAGAUGUAAACAUCAUAUAUUGCUGCAUACAUAUGUAACUGAGAAGAGUGUGGUGCAUUUAUCAGAGCAGUGUUUUUACAGUAAACCCGAUUCACCAGGAGCCACAUCACAGGCAUUGAUUUCAUUUUCAUAUUUGAAAAUAUGAAACGGGGUGCUGUUUGCACAUGUGGUUACACCAGUGUGACACAACUCUGCUCUUCUCUGUGCUGAUUCACUAAAACUCCCUGAAAUUAUAAAAAAUUGUUGUCAGUUUCUGGUUCCAUAAAAUUUUUUGUGAUCGCAGCUUUAAAGAUUAAAGGGAACUGGUCUGUGAGACGGUUAAAUGUUCAAUGGGUCUUCUCUAAGCAGUGGCCAAGUUUACCAGAUAAUAUAUUAAGAACUUGAAUAUUUUGGAUGCCUACCAGCUUCUGCUGGGAAUAGUUAUCGAGUAAUACAUGUAUUAAGGUUCAAGCAUUUAGGAAAAAAUGGCUUCUGGAUUUACAUUUAUACACAAGUCAAGUGAAUGUAAGGAAACCUAAAACUAAGAUUAAGGGAGGGCGAUGCAUAAAAUUUUUGAAACUAGUCCUGUCAGUUUGUCACACUAUGCAAGUUCUAAAAAUUACAUUUGAGUGUCUAAUAAGGUUUCCUCAUGUCCACAACAUGAAAGGCUAUUCAGAGGAUCAUGUUUCCAAUGUUUAACUUUUUAACCUUUGUUGCGGUCUGUUAAACUAAACCACAGAACACUAUUGAUAUCUCAAAUUUAAAUAAAUCAAACUGAGGUCCACCAUGUCUGACUGUUCUGUAUAAUAAAAUUAUUGUUUUUGUACAACAAUA